AUGAAACUGUACAUCGUCGUUGCCCUUGCCCUGGUCGGUGUGGUGGCCGCCCAGCAGUACACCACCAAGUAUGAUGGUGUCGAUGUGGACGAGAUCCUCAAGUCGGACCGUCUGUUCAACAAUUACUUCAAGUGUCUGCUGGACGAGGGUCGCUGCACCCCGGACGGCAACGAGCUGAAGAAGAUCCUGCCAGAAGCCCUCAAGACAGACUGUGAAAAGUGCAGCGAGAAGCAGCGGAACGGUGCUAUUAAGGUGAUCAACUAUAUUAUCCAGAACCGCCGUACGCAGUGGGAUGCUCUGCAGAAGAAGUACGAUCCGGAGAACAAGUACAUCGAGAAGUACCGCGAACAGGCCCAGAAGGAGGGUAUCAAGCUGGAAUAG